AUUUAUUAAGUCUACAAUUUUUAUACGCUACCGAAGUCUACUCUAACAAUUUGCUCCUCGAUUUCCUCGCUCCCCCAUUAUAAAUCAAAAGAGUCGAUUUUGGGGAUUAUUCAAUACAAGGAAGAGAGAUUUUACUCGUUUGAAGAACAGACCAAGAUGGGGAAGGUUUUUAUGGUGGAGCUGGUAGGGCAAAUCUACAGUUGCAAACACUGUCGCACCCAUCUUUCUACACACCAAGACAUCAUGUCCAAGUCUUUUCAAUGCAAGUAUGGACAAGCUUAUCUCUUCAGUAAAGUUGUAAACAUUUCAAUUGGAAAGAAAGAAGACAAAAUGAUGUUGACUGGACUUUAUACCAUAACUGACAUUUUCUGUGUUGGUUGUGGAUCAAACGUUGGCUGGAAAUACGAGACUGCCCAUGAUCAGAGCCAGAAGUACAAGGAAGGAAAAUCUGUUCUUGAAUUGUAUAAGAUUUUGGGUCCUCAUGACAGCAACGACUUGGUUUGUCAACAAAUUUCACAACUUUUGAUUUAA